UUAUGAAACGAGGAGACCGGAUAAAGUUCCUUUGCAAACGUAAACACGUGUACGGUAACUGGGAGCUGUGCAUAACCAAGUGAAAGAACUGUGUGAAAAUAGAAAACCCAAAGAGAUGCUUAGAAUCUGAUCAUUUAACAAUAGCAGAACAAGUGAUAAUCUAGCAGUAUGACAACUGUGUCUGCAAAGAAGGUGGGAAAGAAAUUGAAGAAAGGAAAAUCAAAGAAGGCCUUGCAAGUUCCUACAAGUUUGGAAGGUGAAAUGGGAGUCAUAGCAGAUGGAACAGUAGCUUCCAAAGAGUUAGAUCCACCAGUAGUUACCAAGAAGAAGAAGAAGAAGAAGAAUAAGAUUGUAAAUAAAAAUGCAGUAAUAGAGGAGGAAUCGGUAAAUAAAAAUGCAGCAAUAGGGGAGGAACUGGAAGUAGGCUGUGGCAUUAAAACCAAAAUUCUAGAACAAGCAGUUGAAGGAGUAAGACAUUUAGAAAACCAACGACUUACAAGCCAACUAAAGAAAGAUUUGCUAGAUGAUGAUAGUGAAGAGAGUAUAAUCUAUUUACAAGUUGCCAUGGUGAAAGUUGCAAAACCACUUCAUCAAACACCACAUAUUGUUCGUCCUGUGAAAAUGAAAGUAUUGUUACCUAAUCCAGUGGUCAACAGCAGUACAGAUGUUCUUUUAAUAACAAAAGAUAGUGAAGAUGGGCGAGAUGUCCGUGACGAUCAUUCUGAAAAUCUUUACCAUUAUCAGCGAAUGUUGAAACUCUGUGGUGCUGCUCGUCAUAUCAGUGAGGUGGUCACAUUGAGGCAGUUGAAAGCAGAGUUCAAAGAAUAUGAAGCAAAGAGGCAUCUUGCAAAUCGGACUGAUGUUGUUCUCUGUGAUGACACCAUUGUUCGUCGCAUUCCAAUGUUCUUGGGCAAACAUUUUUAUGGGAAACGAAAGUUCCCAAUACCAGUAAACUUGAAGGCAAAAAAUCUUCUGUCAGAGAUUGAACGAUGUUUACGUGUACAGAUUCUGUGCUUACCAAUGAAAGGAAACUCCGGUAUAAUGAAGAUUGGCUGUUUUAGUCAGAGCAACAAAAUGAUUGUUGAAAACAUUCAGGAAGCGGUUCAGAAAAUGUUAAAGCAGUUCCCAGGCGGAUGGAACAAUGUUCAAGCCUUGUACUUGAAGACUGAGAGAUCCAAGUCAGUGCCCUUCUAUGCUAAAUUAAGGUCUCCAAAUGAUAUCCAAAAUAUUACGUCUAAGCCAUUAUCAAAGAAACAGGUGGUUUAUGAUGAGGUUACAUCGGCAGGUGGACACACAUUCACUGUCUAUCCAGAUAACACUGUUAGAUUUACGGGAAGAUAUUCAGAGGCGAGGAGCAUGAGACGGAGAAGAAAAGAGGAAGCUCUGGAGAAGCAACAGUCAGAAGAAAAAACAUCCAAUGUGAGAAAGAAAAAUAAAAGAUCCUUGAAAGCUGCUGAUGAAGAGGUUGGUAAGAAGAAGAAUGUAGGAGCAGAUGAUAAUGGUGUUGCUGAACCUGCAAAGAAAAAGAAAAAGACAUCUGCCAGUACUGAUGAAAAAGCCUCAAUGAAAAAGAACAAAAAACAAGAUAAAAAGAGUAAAAAGGUAAAGGAUGAGCUUGAUUCAGAUGUGGAAGAUGAAAAACGGCUUAAUAAAAUGGAAGUAGAUUAUCUGAAGAGGUUGAAAUCUGGAGUAGAAGAUGAGCAGGUGAAAAAUGUACCAUCCGAUGAUGAGUACGAUGAUUGGGCAGAAGGCAGUGACGAAGACUUGGAAGACUUAGAAGAGGAUGACUGAUUUUAAUCUGCAGUGGUUUCAUGCUUGUAGGUUUACUGAGUAUGACAAUUGUUUCAAGCAGAUAUAUUAAUACUGGAUGUAUGCUAUAAUAAAUAACUUUUGGCCUAA